GGAGUGGAAUUCACCACAUCACAUCUCACAACCCACAUUUGGUGACAAACACCUAACUGAACGCACAAGAAAACAGACAAACUCAGCAACAACAUGCAUCGUGAAACAAUACUUUUUCUACUGGUUGUGAUCAUAAUGGGAAACAGCCUCAUGACUGCUGCAUUGGAUCCUAAGCCCACUGAACAGGCCAACCUACCACAGAGGCCUGUCCUUCAGCCCAAAGAGACUGUUCCUGUCACCGGAAACUAUGUGCUGAAAGACCCUACAGGCACGUCGUGCAUCAAACUCUCCAUGGGAGUUGAGUACGUAGUUAUUGAGAAGAAGAAACCUUCCUAUUUCAACUUAGACCCUACCACCACCAAGACUACUGGUAGAUGUGCUGAAAAAGAGUCUGUUCUCUCCCUGGCUUUUCUAGGAAAGGGAGGCGAUCUGAAUCUCACCUUUGAAAAGGAAGGGAACCUGACCUAUGUGUCAAAGAUCACAGGUCAUUUGGCACCAGGCAAAGGAAUUAAGAACUAUUUUGGGGUAAUAGAACAUGAGAAGCUGUUCCCAACUGCCGCUGGCCGCAGCCUCAAGUGCUACUCUCAGACCGAGUUUCAUCUGUCUGAGAACCUUCGAGUGAAGAUUGUGUCUCUUCAGUUCCAAGCUUUCAAACUCACCAAUGGGAAUUUUGGAGAGGAGGUUGAGUGCAGGGCUGAUUUCAUCAAGAAGAUCAUUCCCAUUAUUUUUGGUGCCACGGUUGUGGGGCUCUUGCUGAUUGCUGUCCUGUCCUUCCUGAUAAUCCGGGACCACCACAGACAUGCUGGCUAUGACAGGAUCUGAGAAUGCUUCAUGCAAAAAACAUGAACACUUUUUAUAGCCAUGUUUUGUAUUUCCUAAAUGUUUUUUUAUCCAUUGCCAAUUAUACACUAUUGUUGUUUUUAAAUAUGAAAUAUUUCUGCAAAGAAAAUAUAAAUAACAUUAUUACAGUAAAAAAAUAUGUGAAUGUGGUUAACACUUAUAGGAAAGCUCUGUGUACAUUUUCAAUCACAAUCAGCAAAUAUGGUCUGAAUAAUGUGGCUUUAUUUUAGCAAUUAGAAUUUUGAUGUUUGGAGAUUAUAUUCUGGUUUGAAGAGUG